UGCAGUUGCUGCGCUCAGUCGGACUCGGCUCUGCCACGCGAAUGGCGCAACUACGGUAACCGCAUAGCGUCAGUCUACAACCGCACGAUUUCAGACACAGUGUCGUGUGGAGAUUUUGAGCCUUUCUGUCAUUAAUCUUUGUAAGCUUUCAAUAAUUGUUUUCAGGCCUAUUCAGUCUUUCAUUCCUAAUAGGCUACUGCAUCUUAUGUUCAUGUCCAGACGCGCGCGUGCUGAAAUGUCAGAAAUAAGUAGUCAACCACAACUUUGUCAAUUGCAUUGUAACUGAGGGUAAGAUAUAAUAGUUUGAUGUAUUUUGCUAAUUUCCUUGACAGACAUUAAAGUCUUGACGACGACUUUAUGAAGACUGUGGGAAUGUGGACAAGUUUGUAAGAAGACUGCCACGGAAUCGGUAAUUGCGACUGGCGAAGACAUUUUCAGGAGGCUGGAACGAACGGGGCAUCAACUGGCAACAUCCGAGGCAAGACUAAACCAAAACUAGAGGAAUACCACUCUGAAGUUAGAACGCAUCAGUGGGCAAGUGCUCCAAGUGGUUCCACGAAACUGCUGGCCAUUUCCAGUCUGGCAACUAUUUGGAAUUUAGCAAAGUGGAAUGGAAAUUAACUUGCAAUACAGAAUUGCGAUUGGAUCCGUUUUUGUUUUUUGAAACGGGAUUUUCUUUGCAAAAACAAUAUUCCCGGGCUAUCGUUUCAUCCAUUCGACGUCUGUAAUUUUUUGUUUUUGUGACUGAAAACAACAGUAAGACUCGGUUUCUUUGCGUUGCUGUAAAGAAGCGUGUUCAUUGUUUUGUGCCAGACUAUGGAUGAUCAAACCCGAAUCAUGCAGUCGCUCGGCGGUGUCACUCUGGCUGGUCAUUCGGUGCAAGGAGGUAUGGCUUUGCCGCCUUCGCAUGGACUCGAGGGGGCGGACGGAGAUGGACGAAAACAAGACAUCGGGGACAUUCUGCAGCAAAUCAUGACCAUUACUGAUCAAAGCUUGGACGAAGCACAGGCAAAGAAACAUUCCCUCAACUGUCACCGAAUGAAACCGGCGCUCUUCAGCGUUCUCUGUGAGAUCAAAGAGAAAACAGGCCUUAGCAUCCGCGGUGCUCAGGACGACGACCUCCAAGACCCCCAGCUGAUGCGUCUGGACAACAUGCUGUUGGCUGAGGGCGUCUCCGGCCCGGAGAAGGGGAGCGCCUCAGCCGCGGCCACCGCCGCUGCCGCCGCCGUGGGCGGAGCAGGGGUGGACAACACCGUGGAGCACUCAGACUACCGCGCCAAGCUCACCCAGAUCAGACAGAUCUACCACACCGAACUGGAGAAGUACGAACAGGCGUGUAAUGAGUUCACCACCCACGUGAUGAACCUGCUGAGGGAGCAGUCUCGCACGCGGCCCAUCUCCCCCAAGGAGAUCGAGCGCAUGGUGGGCAUCAUCCACCGCAAGUUCAGCUCCAUCCAGAUGCAGCUCAAGCAGAGCACCUGCGAGGCCGUCAUGAUCCUGCGCUCACGCUUCCUGGACGCCAGGAGGAAAAGACGGAACUUCAGCAAGCAGGCCACGGAGAUCCUGAACGAGUACUUCUACUCUCACCUCAGCAACCCCUACCCCAGCGAGGAGGCCAAAGAGGAGCUGGCCAAGAAGUGCCAAAUCACCAUCUCUCAGGGCGUGGGGAACACCAUCACAGUGUCACAGGUAUCCAACUGGUUUGGCAACAAGCGGAUCCGCUACAAGAAGAAUAUCGGAAAGUUCCAGGAGGAGGCCAACCUCUACGCAGCCAAGACCGCCGUGAGCGCCACCCAUGCUGUAGCCGCCGCCAUACACAACAGCCAGGCCGACUCUCCGACCACACCCAACUCCGGAUUCCAGAUGAAAGAUGAGGAGUUUCAGAUGGAUGCCACAGAGAGCAAAAACUCACUUUUACCCAACAUGUUCACUGGUUCCUCUGGCUCUUUUAACCUGCCCAACUCUGGGGACAUGUUCAUGAGCAUGCAGGGCCUCAAUGGGGGCUCCUACGCGGGGGCUCAGGUGGGAGCAGGUGUGCAGUCUCAGGGGGGGGAUACCAUACGUCAUGCUAUCAGCCAGGCGGUCGGAUACAAUGACGGCUUGCGAGGUCAUCUCUACAGUCCACAUGGCCUAAACGGUAAUGGAGGAUGGCACGAUGCCCCGACCCCUUCCUCCGUGACCUCGCCCACAGAGGGGGCGGGCAGCGUGCACUCGGAUACCUCAAACUGACCUCCCACCCCACAAAACCCCCGCCCCCCGCGCCAACCCCCGGCCUCCUCCUCCCACCAGUAGGCUGCCAACUCCCAGAGCCGCCGGCCUGGCCAGCGCUGGUGUCCUGAUUGGCUGCAUUCCUAGGCUUCACUACCUGCCCUCACAUGGAUGCUGGCGGCCAUUUUGGACCCCAUGUUGUGACUGUUCUUGGCAGAGGCUCCCCAUUGUAUUCCCGGCGGAUAUAAUCCAUAACGUUGCAGAGACACUUUCAGUUCACUUAUACAAUGCGUGUCCUACAUGAUUCCCGGCAUUUGGGAAAGAGACAGAACACAGUAGGGAAAGGACUCCGCAGAGGAUUUUAAUGUAGACUAAAAGCAGACAUAACCGUUUUUUCUUUUCUUUUUUUCUUUGGGCCACAGAUCUACCAGUUAGUCUAAUAUUAGCGUUGCAACCCCCUGACAUUGUUUCUACCCCACCCGCCCCAACACCAAAAGACCAAGACCAACCCCAGACUGGAGAAAUGUAAAAAAAAAAAUGAAUGAGCUGUCACCACCCUUGGCAUCACCUGAACUCCCAUGUUGAGCACAGGAGCGACCCACAGAGUCUGGGCACCUCUGGUUCAAGAACUCACGGAUGCUUCCGGAAUCACCUACCGAUGGCCAACGGAAGUUUUUUUUUUUUAUUCAGUCGUUGCUAUUGUGUUGUGUGUCUCACAUUCCAUUUGACUCUCGAUGUCAGUCUUGAGUUCUGGCGAUUCAGAAGAGGUUGCAUGUUAUGCGAGAGAGAGCCCAUGUUUUUUUCCAUUGAGACAGUCUGGAGAAGGCAGAAUGAAGACGUGUAAAAUCCAGUUCAAGUCACCCAUUUCACUGCUGUCCCUAUGCAGUGUCACCAGCUCCAUAGUUACCCCUACCAGUGUACAUACUAUGACCAGUGAGCCAUCGAGUAUGACUACACAAUCCAUUUUGCUUGGUAGACCAGCACAAUGUGUCAGGUCUGAAAUGUGUAUCUCCUGGGCAACUUCUACCCCUCGCAUAUAGCUUAUUUACUCAAAUCAGAUUCAAAUCAGAUUCAGAUCAGAUUCAGAUCAGUAGGCCACCCAACUCAUUCAUGUUGCAAAUGUUAGACAUUUUAUGAUGUUUGUCUUAAUACUCAUAUGGGAAUAAUUCAAUAUCCUAGGUUGCUAAUCUGCUAUAACCCAGUGAAAGCGAGUGUGCUUAGGCAUUUUAGGGAGAUAAGUUAGCCUAAACCUAAAGUUAGCCUAAACCUCAUCUGAAGCUACUUCAUGCCUCAACUAUUGACCCCUCAUAGAAAGGAAGUCUAGCUACCUCUAGCAGUAUGUACAGGGCAUGAGCAGGCAGUGUGGCAGACUGUGCUCACACAAGAGAAUAAUUCACAGAACAGGUCUUAGCUUUAUGAGUAUAUAUAUAUAUAUAUAUAUAUAUAU